AUGCACGGCAUACAGUUCCAGAAAGUACAGACAAUAAUGAGGGUGCCCGUAUACCCGUGCCAAUUAAAUAAUAUAAUAGAAUAUUCGUAUAAAUAUCUUAAUAAAUACGUUGGAUUAUAUAUUAAGGCACUAAAAGGCGUUGUAAUAUGCUAUACGGAUAGUAUUGGUAUAUUAGAUGAAAUUGGUUAUAUAUCUGGGAUAGACCCAAAGGUUCAUGUGAAAGUGUCAGUUGAAUUUAUAAUUAUGAAGAUAAUUAGGCAAGGAUUAGUGCAUGGCUAUAUACAGGGACAUACAGGAUAUAUACAUGGGAUAAUUCCUGUGAAAAUAUCUGGUAAUAUAAUAGAUGGAAGUUAUACGUAUACAAUUACUGAUGUAAAUAUGCAUCCAUUGUGUGUGCAUGGGGAAAUAAGUGAAGAGUAA